AUGGUGCCGGUGGGGGGCGCGGAGGGGGAGAUGGGGGGCGCGCGCGGAGGAGCAGGGGGAGGGGGGGGGUUCACGGUGCUGUCGUAUAAUGUGCUGGCGGACCUGUAUGCGACGAGUGAGAUGUACAGCUACUGCCCGCCCUGGGCGCUGUCGUGGGCCUAUCGCAAACAGAAUUUGCUGAGGGAGCUGCUGGGGUAUCGGGCGGAUAUCAUGUGCUUGCAGGAGGUGCAGAGCGAUCACUUUGAGGAGUUCUUUGGGCCUGAGCUGGAGAAGCAGGGGUACGCGUCCGUGUUCAAGAAGAAAACCGCUGAGGUAUACACCGGCACAGCAUACGCCAUAGACGGCUGUGCGACCUUCUUCCGCCGUGAUCGCUUUUCCCUCGUUAAGAAGUAUGAGGUGGAGUUCAACAAGGCAGCACUCUCGCUCUCUGAGGCCCUCGCACCUCCCACCAAGAAGGCUGCUCUCAACCGCCUGCUCAAGGACAACGUGGCACUGAUUGUGGUGUUGGAGGCGAGGGACGCAGGCGGUGCUGAUGGCAAGGAUGGGGCUAAUGCACCUCCCGCCAAGAGACAGCUGCUCUGUGUGGCGAACACACAUAUCCACGCCAAUCCUGAGCUCAAGGACGUGAAGCUGUGGCAGGUGCACACGCUGCUCAAAGGUCUGGAGAAGAUCGCAGCCAGUGCUGACAUCCCCAUGCUGGUGGCAGGCGACUUCAACAGCGUGCCGGGCAGCGCGCCCCACUCACUACUUGCUACAGGACGAGUCGACGCCAACCACCCAGAGCUCGCCACGGACCCUCUCGGCAUCCUGCGGCCCGCCUCCAAGCUCUGCCACCAGCUGCCGCUGGUCAGCGCAUAUGCUUCUCUCAGCCGCGGGGGCUCAGUGGCAGAGAGGCAGCGGCGGCGCAUGGAUGCGAGCAGCAGCGAGCCGCUUUUCACGAACGUGACGCGGGACUUCAUGGGCACCCUGGACUACACCUUCUACACCGCGGACUCACUCUCAGUGGAGUCAGUGCUGGAGCUGCUGGAUGAGGACAGUGUGCGCAAGGACACGGCGCUGCCGUCUCCCGAGUGGUCCUCUGAUCACCUUGCGUUGCUCACUGAAGCAGCAGAUUCGGCAGGAUCGUCCCAAGCGAAGCAGGAUCAUUCUUUCACGGAUGAAGGACCGUCCGUGGAAGUCCGCGUGCCCAUCCCUGCUGCUCUCCGGCCAAUCCAGGCGCGCCACGUGGCGGUGAGCGUGCAGGAGGACGCGCUGUCGGUGGCUGUGACGCCGCCAGCUGGCUUCGGGAGCAAGGAGGGCGCGGUGAAGGGCAAGGAGGGGCGCGAGCGAUCGCUGCUGGUGGCGAGUCCGCUGUAUGGGAGCGUGAAGGCCAGCGAGAGUGCGUGCAACCUCCGAGUGGUGGUGGCCACCAUGGGGCAGCCCCACGGGGCGUCGCUGCAGCCCGACAGCUGGCGGUUCAUCCACGGAGGAAUAGCGCUGUGGCUGGACGUGAAAGGAGACUCUAACAGCCCCCCAGACCCUCAUUUCGCGGACAGAGCUGACGUGGCAAUCCGGCUGCACCUGCCAGCUGGCUGGAGCACAGACGACGGAGUGAGCGUUGACGUGGCACGGGCGGCGGCGGCGGUGCGCUGA